AGGUGGCCGUCGAGCUCGUGCGGGCGAGGACGGUCGAGAUGACGGCGGUGGAGGCGGCGCUGAAGAUGCUGUCUCAGUUGCUGGAGGACCUCGUGCAGACCAACGAGAGCGCCUGGCACCUCCACAGCCACGCCAUCGCGAGCUUGUUCCCGAGGUCGAUCUCGACCCCAUGGGGGUGCACGCUGCCGAACUGGGACUGGGGCAGGUGGUGGCUCAUGGUCGAGAAGGUUCUCUCCGCCGCCGACCAGUUUCGAGCUUUCGACAUCAUGGUGUUGGUAUUGCAGAUGAUUCAGGACGGGGGCGGCAAGGUGCUGGUGAAAGACUUGCAGGUCUGGAAAGAGGGCCGCCGGUGCCACUACAUCCGCAAGGUGAUGAGGACGUGGGGCGAGAUGGACGACGCGUCCAUAUGCGAGACGCUGAGAGCAUACGGGGUGGAGCUGUGAGCUCCGCACGUCCCACCGUCCCCCCUCAGCCCUCCAGGAGACGGAGCCGCUGGAGAACCGCUGAUCGCGGAAGGGGGAGCGGAUCGUCGCCAUCGCGAUCGGGGCUUUCGCUUCGACCACGUCGCGCCUCUCUGGGCGUGGCGCUCGGCGGCCCACGCGGAAAAGUCGGGCGAAAAGGCAACGCUCCCCCGUUACAUGGCGUCC